UUUCUCACACUUUCCUUUCUUCUUUCUUACUUUCUUUCAUUCUCAUCUUAUGACCUGGCAUGUUCAACCCAAUUUCUCACAAGAAUGGAUCACAAAGCACAGCAAGCAAAUGUUGACAGAGUUCUACUGUGGCUGGAUACAGUGUAAUACUCAUCUGAAUAGCUGGCAUGUUCGAAGACAGCACCUGCUCGACCACUGCAAAAGAUCUGUGAAUCCAGACACUGGCCACUUUUAUUGCCAGAUGGAGCAUUGUUCAUCAUAUGAUUAUCUUUCUCUGCAUGACCUUCAAGAUCAUAUGGAGACUGCACAUCUUGCCCAGGCAAGGCUUCCAUGCCCAGUGUCUGGAUGCUGGAGCAGUAUAUCCUCAGAGAAGGCACUCGUUGACCAUUUCAACAAUGUCCAUCUUAAAUCCAACAACUUGCAAUUCCUGCUACUUGCACCCACAUCCCUUCCUUCCCCUGCCUCUUUUCUCCAACAUCCUCAACCACCUCUGCCCAGUUCCAUCCCCUCCUGGAAGGUCACCAGCCCUCUUGUGAAUCCUAACUGCAAAUACACUCCCUCGCAAUCUCAGCCAACUGCUUCACAGGGCAAGCGGCACAUCUGGAAGCACAUGCAACAUGUCACAGAGAUGCCAGAGGAGGAUGAAGAGGAAGAACCACUCCACACCACUGUUGCUCCUAUUGAACCCUAUCUCAGCACCCCCUUCACUCAGUACAUCAUCCAACCCACAAAUCCUCUGGACAAAGACACUAGCCUCUCCUGCCAUGCUCCUCUUCCUCCAGCCAGCAUUUCCCCACCUCCAAGCCCCCCUCCCAUCCCCACCAUGGGGUACAGUAUCUUUACUGCCAAGUAUGAGCAGCUGGAACUUGCAGGACUGUUGGAUGGCUCAGGAGUAUGGGUGCAGGACCCAGUGGAUCACCCAGAUUCCGGGCAUGAGCAGGAGACAAUGUAGAAAUCAUAGUACUCUCAUAUUACUAUUACUCAUCUUGUGCAUUGAUUGACAUUGCUUUUCUUCGCUUUUUUCGCUUUAUUUGUUUUCAUGCUUUCUUAGUAUUCAUGUAGAUUCAUUCAAGAUACCAUUUACUUAUUGACUAGACCCAUCAAUUCAUCUUUUCCUUCGCCCUGCAAGGUUCGAACUUGCCAGCUCACCACAAUCAUAAUCACACAACUAGCAUCA